AUGGCUCAGUUUGCACAGGUCAUGGCUGAAGUGGGUGACUUUGGUCGCUUUCAGAUGCGGGUGACCAUCCUGAUGGGCAUCCCCCACUUCCUGUCUGCAUUCUUCGUGUUUGGCCAGGUUUUCAUGGUCCUUGAUGAGGCUCACCACUGUUCAGUGUCCUGGGUUAAGAACCACACUUUCAACCUAAGUGCUGCUGAGCAGCUGGCUGUAAGCAUACCCAACGACACGGCAGGCCAGCCUGAGUCCUGCCUCAUGUUCCGGCCACCUCCUGACAGUGCCAGCCUGGAAGACAUCCUGAGCCACCGCUACAAUGAGACACAGGCCUGUGACUCAGGCUGGGACUAUCCUGAGAAUAGGCCUCAGUCCCUAAAGAAUGAGUUUGACCUGGUGUGUGAUCGGAAGUAUCUGAAGAGGACCUCCCAGUCAGUAUUCAUGGCUGGACUCCUCGUUGGAGCCCUGGUCUUUGGGCCCAUUUGUGACUGGAUUGGCCGAAGACCCUCCCUCCUAAUGCAGCUGCUUCUGUCAGGCAUCUCAGGCAUGGCCACAGCCUUUGUGUCCAGCUUUGAGCUCUACAUGACACUACACUUUGCCUUGGCUGCUGCCAACGCUGGAUUUUUACUAAGCACCAAUGUCCUGAUGUCAGAAUGGGUUGGACCAUCCCGGAGAACACAAGCCAUGGUCCUGGCACAGAUUCACUUUUCCAUUGGGCUGAUGGUGUUAACAGGACUGGCCUAUGGUGUCCGAAACUGGAGACUUCUGCAGAUAAUAGGCACUGCACCCGUCUUUCUGCUUGUCUUCUAUUUCUGGGUUCUGCCAGAAUCUCCACGGUGGCUCCUGUCUCAAGGAAGGACAGAGGAGGCCAAACAACUUGUCCAGAAGGCAGCCUUGGUGAAUGGCCGGCCACUUUCCCCAGAGCUCCUAAACCAGCUGGUCCCUGAGAAGACAGGCCCCUCGGGGAAUGCCUUGGAUCUUUUCAGACACCCUCACCUCAGGAAGGUGACUCUGAUUCUCAUAGCUGUCUGGUUUGUGGACAAUCUGGUGUACUAUAGCCUCAGCCUCCAAGUGGGGGACUUUGGUCUGAAUAUCUACCUGACACAGCUAAUAUUUGGAGCAGUGGAAGUGCCUGCCCGCUUUCUCAGCAUCCCCAUGAUGGAGAAGCUGGGUCGCAAGUGGAGCCAGUUCUGUGCCCUGACUCUGGCUGGCACCAUGUGUAUCAUCAUCAUCUUCAUCCCAGGAGAUCUUCCCACAGUGGUCACUGUGCUGGCCGUGGUGGGGAAGUUUGCCUCAUCUGCCGCCUUCACUAUUUCCUAUGUGUACACGGCUGAGCUUCUCCCCACCAUCAUCAGGCAAACAGGCAUGGGGUUGGUGAGCAUCUUCGCCAGGGUCAGUGGCAUCAUCACACCCCUUGUGAUGCUACUGGAGCAGUACCACCAGGCGCUUCCCAUGCUCAUCUUUGGCAGCCUCCCCAUUGGUGCAGGCCUACUGUGUGCUCUGCUGCCUGAGACACGGGGCCAGUCCGUGAAGGAUACCCUCCAGGACCUGGAGCAGGGGCACCCCACACGGUCUCACGAAACAACAGCCCAAAGAAAAGACAUGGAGGCUACAGGAAGAACUUCCAGUGUGAGGACAGAUGUCAUGAGCAGCUCAUACUUCUGACUGUGGUUGCCAAGGGCCAGCCUAUCCAAAGCAGAGGACAGCCCACACUAUCUUCUUGUUUGAGUAGCAUCUGUAGCACACGUGAUCAGAACAGCCAUGUUCAUGUCCCCCCUUCCCCCCACUGCAGAGCCUGGUGGAAACACCGGGGACCAUACCCCUUCCUUCUUGCCACCUCUUAUACACGAACUGCACCCCAGUACCAUGGCUGAGUCAGGGCUUGGAUUG